AUGGCACUCGUGCCUUCUCCUCCGCGCGACAAAUAUCCGCCUCUGCCCGACGACAAGUUUCCGUGGAAAGAGCCGCCACCCGUGGCCAUUACACCCUGCGAUCCCUGGCCGCCGCCAUACUACCUCGAGGAUGGCCUGCGCAAGGUGACGCCUUACCACUACACAUACAACACCUACUGCAAACAGCGAUGGCGGGGCCGUGAAAUCCUAGAUAUCUUUGCGAGCGAGUUUCGCGACAGACCCGCCGAGUACUACGAACAAGCCAUCAUCGACGGCCGCGUCGUUGUCAACGGCAAGCCCGUACCCAGCACCAAGACAAUUAUCAACAACGGCGAUGUCAUCUCCCACACGCUGCACCGCCACGAGCCGCCCUGUACUGCCCAGCCCAUCGGCAUCGUUCACGAGGACAAUGACAUGAUUGUCAUCAACAAGCCCGCGGGCAUGCCAGUCCACCCCGCCGGUCGCUACAACUUCAAUUCCAUCAUCGAGAUCAUGCGCACUGAUCGGGGAUACGGUUGGAAUCCCCUACCCUGCAACAGACUUGACCGCCUUACCAGUGGUAUCAUGUUCAUUGGAAAACACAAGCAGGCUGCAGAGGACAUGAGCGCGCAGAUACGAGGGAGAACUGUCAAAAAGGAGUACAUCACACGGGUCGUCGGUGAGUUUCCAGAAGGCGAGAUUCUGUGUGAAAAGCCCAUACUUCAGAUUAGCCCCAAGCUAGGUCUCAAUCGCGUUCGCGCCAAUGGCAAGGAGGCAAAGACAGUCUUCAAGCGACUUGCAUACUAUCCGCCGAAAGACGAUGGAAAUAACACCCAAGAACAGGAAGGCGAGAAGGGUCCUGAUGGACAGCCAUGGAAGAAACUCCGGGGCUAUUCAAUCGUGCGCUGCUUCCCCGUGACGGGCCGGACUCACCAGCUGCGCGUCCACCUUCAAUUUCUUGGUCAUCCCAUCUCCAAUGACCCCAUAUACGCCAAUCAGCGCGUGUUUGGACCGUCUCUUGGCCGUGGGCAAUCCGAAGAUGAAGACGACGAAGACAUCAUGUCACGCCUCUCGCGCAUGGGCAAAGAAGAAGUGGCCGAUGCAGUUGCCUACCACGAUGAAAUGGUCGAUGCAUACAACAAACGAAAAGCCGAACGCAUGACGGGCGAAAAGUGCAAAGUCUGCGAUACAGAUCUGUAUAGCGACCCAGGCGUGCAUGAGCUCGGCAUCUAUCUCCAUGCCAGAAGAUAUCGAUGCGAGGAAGGAAAGUGGGACUAUCAGACUGGGUUGCCUGAUUGGGCACUCCCGCCACCUGGCUAUGAAGGCCCUACUGAGGGUACUGAAGAGAGUGAUCCCUUGGCUGUUGAUUUGAAGAAGUUGGGACUGGAGGACGAAGAGCCUAAAGAAAAAGUCGAGACUUGA